CCAGAUGGCAUAUUUUGUUCAUUGAAAUUUGAUUCUUAGCAAACAUAUUUGUAUUAUUGCGGUAUAUUUAAACUAAAAUCAGACAAGUUAAACAUAAACAUUUAAUAAUAUAUGAAUUUGUAUUGCAGAAAUAUACUUAGUGCUCGAAUACAUCGCUGAAUACAACUUAGUACUUAACUAAAUUUGAUAACAAAAAGUCAUUUGACAUCACGUAAUUUGUUUUCAUUUCAAACAUUUGUUUUUUUGCCAUCAGAAUCAAAAUGUUCGUUAGGCUGUGGCCGAUUGCACGACAAAUAAGUGCGUCAAAUCGGCAACUAAUAAAGAAUAUUCGUCCCUUGCAUUUGAGUACGCCGUUGCAAUCUGAUGAAAUAGAAAAAGCGAAGAAAGCAGCUUCAACCGGUCGAGCAAAUGAGUCAACUAUAUUCGAUAAAAUCAUAAACAAAGAAAUCCCCGUUAAGUUGCUGUAUGAAGACGAAAAAUGUUUGGCAUUCAAUGACAUUGCUCCUCAAGCUCCGGUCCAUUUUUUGGUGAUACCAAAGCGACGAAUCGAUAUGGUUGAAAACGUAACCGAGAAUGAUGACAAUCUUUUAGGUCAUGUGAUGCGUGUUGCCGGUCAUUUGGGGAAAAAACAAGCGCCUAAAGGCUUUCGAUUAGUUGUAAAUAACGGAUUGGAAGGAAGUCAAAGCGUAUAUCAUCUGCAUGUUCAUGUGCUAGGAGGCAGACAAAUGAAAUGGCCACCGGGCUAAUACAUUGAUUUAUUUGAUUUAAUCGCUUUUUUUUUGGGUAAUAAAAUCAACAACUGUUAUACUUUCGCACUGACUUAGACAGAAAAAUAAAGAGCAAACUAUAUCCUAACCUCACUUUUUCCACAUAAACAUAAAAAACUAAA